AACUCAUCGCACAGCGCGCCAUGCUCCGUAAGAAAAUACUAGAGAACCAGCGACUUUAUUUUACCUCUAUGUGUUUUUUGUUGGGUGCACUUUUCAUUACCUCCAAUGUAGCCAAUCCCCUAGCGAGUACGAGCCGUAUUCUGAGGCAACAACAACCGUCCAUUUCUUGGCCUAUCCCCCAUAGUGGGUAGGAGCCACAUAUGGGGUAGGAAGAAUAACAACAACACGACGAGGAAAAGCCAAGAACCACCGACUUCUUGGACAAUCCCCCGUAUAGUGGGUAAGCGCCACAAAUGAGGAGCAAGCAACCAAGCAAGCGAAGCAAAGCAAAGCAAGCCGGCCAGCGAGCCAGCCAACCACUGCUCUGAGGAGCUGUUCCGGCUGAGGCGGAGAGGAAACGAAGGAGAAACCCCCCGAAAAAAAAUGAUUCGAUUCUGCCCAACCUGCGCGAAUAUGCUUUACGUGGACCGAGGCGAGGACGGCUUCUACUUCGCCUGCCACACCUGCCCGUUCGUGUACUACAUCAAGAGUUGCAUUCGCACCCGCGUCUACACACGGCUCAAGGACGUCGACGACGUGCUGGGAGGGGCCGCCGCCUGGGAGAACGUCGACUCGACCGAGGAGGUGUGCCCCAGGUGCGGACACAGGCGCGCCUUCUUCAUGCAGAUACAGACGCGAUCGGCAGACGAACCCAUGACCACGUUCUACAAGUGCUGCAAUCCCGAAUGCGGCCACCAGUGGAAGGAGUGAGCUGGCCCACGCUUCUCCGUCAGUCACUGCCUCGCGCCAUUUCUUCUUCUUUGGUAGCAUGGAAACGCGGAAAGUGCAGAGCAUGCACAUGCCUUGAAAGAAAUUGGAAAUAAGUUUGUGUCGAAAAGUUGUAAAAUCUAUAAAAAUCCGGCAGUGCGUCGUCAA